CAGAAUGGAAGAUAAAGUAAGUAACAUAAGUCACACAACGUUUUUAGGCUUAAAGGGAGAGGACUUUCUAAUUUAAUUCAAGUUGUUCACCAUGUGGAACCUUCUGGUCUUAUUUGCUUGCAUGAUUACAGCUGUUGGUUCAGAUGUUGUUGGUACUCCAACUUCAGUAUUUGGAUACAGAAAAAGGAGACUUGACAUCAGAUGUCUCUAUAAAUUUGGAUAUGAAACAAAUUCAAAGUAUUUUUGCAAAGGGGAGUGUUUCUUUCAAAAUAAAAACAUCAUCAUUGAAUCAGGAUCUCCAGCUGAAGACGAGAGAUUCUCUCUGACUGAUGACACAACAGCAAGAGUUGUCACUGUCUCCAUCACUGAUCUGAGAACAGAGGAUGAGGGCAAAUACUGGUGUGUGAUAACAUGACCACCGAGAUGUCAACCAUCACCCCCUUUUCAAAAACACACUGUCCUAUUUCAGUAUUUCAUCACUGAAUCCACAAUCCAACAACACCACACCCACAGAUCUGUCUCCUUCCUCAACAGG